AUUCCUCAUUCCAGUCUUUGUUCUAACCCUAAUAUCUCUCUCUCUCUCUCUCUCUCUCUCUCCAUGUGAACCCUUCGACUUACAAUCUCUGACUCUUUCUCAACACUCAAAUUCGUUGAUUUGAUCGAUCAAUCUCUCUCGAAUUCCAAUAUCAGUAGGGUUAAUUUUGGGGUUUCAGAGCAAUCCAACAAUGGCUUCUGAAGAGAUAGGCUUAGUACCUCCCCAGCGGCUCGACAACGGCUUGAACCCACAGCUAGUCUUCCAAGACGAAGCCCUCCGCUUCAGCUGCGGCGCGCCGCCCCGCCGAGCCGGAGAUCCUGGGCCGAAGACACGUGAGCUCACCGGCUUCAUCGACGACCGGUAUUUUCAACCCCAAGCUCCGGUGGAGUUCCGGCGAAGUAAUUACGUUGAGGAUCAUCAUCAUCAAGAUAGCCGGAAUUGGAACGGUCGGACAUUGAAUUCGCCGAGCGGCGACGAAUCGGAAGGUGAUGAUGAGGAAGAUGAUGAUGAUGAUGAUGAUGAAGAAGAGGAAGAAGAGGAUGAUGAAGGGGAUGGUGAGGUUGCGAGACUUGUUGGUGGUGUAGAAGGUUGCAAUAAUAAGAAUAACAAUAGCAACAAUACUAGUGAGCAUAGUAAUUCAGAUGCAAUUGGUAAUGGAAAAUCCAAACACCUUUCUUCUUUUGUUGGGUCGAAUAGGGGAAUUUUGAUGAAGGAAGGUAAUGUUCUGCAAUCUGGAAAUGAUAAUAGUAAUACGAGAGUGAAUCAGAACGACAAUCAUGGGCAAAGGCGAGUCAAUCAGUAUCAGAAUAUGGUGACAGUUGCGGACCCAGAUGGAGAUUUGUACUAUUCACAGUAUCUGCAGGGAGGAGAGGGGUCGGGCAGUGGGCAGAAGGAUGUAGAGGUUGAAAAUGGGUGUGUGUUUAGUGGAAGAAAGGAGGGUUUGUAUUCAAGCGAAUCGGGGGAGUCUCUAAGGAUGAUUCUUUCGGAUCCUCUGACAGGAGCACUUAUGGAUGACGCUGUGAUAUUGCCAUGUGGGCAUUCCUUUGGAGGUGGUGGCAUUCAACAUGUUAUUAGAAUGAAAGCUUGCUACACCUGUUCUCAACCAAUAUCAGAAGGCUCAAUUUCACCAAAUCUUUCCCUCCGAGCUACUGUCCAGGCAUUCCGUCGGGAAGAAGAGUUACAGGUUUACCGCUCAUCCAAAAGAAGAAGAGAGAGAUUUGAACAGGACAAGGGUAGUUAUGGUGAUUCAACUCCCCUGGAUCAUCCAAGGGGUAGAGGCGUGCAGUUCCCAUUUGUUGUGACAGACCGGGUUAUUAUAAAGGGUAACAAGAGGACACCACAGCGUUUUGUUGGUCGUGAGGCUAUAGUAACAACACAAUGCUUAAAUGGAUGGUAUGUGGUGAAGACAUUGGACAAUGCAGAGAGCGUGAAAUUGCAGUAUCGCUCACUUGCCAAGGUUUCAGAUAAUCUAUCUUCAAAGCCAGCAGCGCUUAGCAAGAUUACACCAAACUGGCUCUAGAGUUGCAGCAAACAAGAUGGGCCUAAGUUGGGCGGCUAUAUAAUUUGUUGCAGUUUAUGCGACAUUGUACAUAUUUAAUCUAACUUUAUUGCUCAUGAAGCUUUCUUCUUGUAAUAUUUUUGUUGUAUUCUUUAUAUGCAGUUAUCUUUUUUAGGCCUUGUAAAUUGUAGAAGCCUUCUUGUAUGAGAUGUGAUUUGAGAUAUAAAUUAUGUAAUCAAUUUUGCUUGAAAUAUCCGAGCAAGAGCUUUGUAUUGA